UAUAAAUAAAUUCAAUAAUACACAAACACCAAAACAAAUUAAACAAUUGCAACUUCUAUCAAAUUUCUUCAACCAUGGAAAAUUUUCAUUUUCUACUUCUUUCAUCACUUGUCACUAGCCUAAUCUUCAUCUCUCCUACACUAGGAGCGCCCCUUCAACAAGGCUUUACAACCAAUCUCAUCCACCGCGACUCGCCGUUGUCUCCGUUAUACAACCCUUCCUUAGACAAAUGGGAACGUGUAAGGAAGUCCUUCCACCGUUCUUUCUCUCGAAUCAAUCGUUAUAGUCAAGCAUCAUAUGUGUCUCCAAACGACGAUAUAGUGUCCCCAGUUAAGUCCGCUAAAGGGGAAUUUGUCAUGGAGGUGUCGAUAGGCACUCCACCCGUGGUACAACUUGGGAUAGUUGACACAGGGAGCGAUCUCAUAUGGACACAAUGUCAACCUUGUGUUAAAUGUUAUAAACAAAAACUCCCAAUUUUUAACCCUAUAAAGUCAUCCACUUACAAAGUCCAACCUUGUAACUCUAAGGCAUGCCACUACUUGGACCCUAGUCAAGGGUCGUGUACUGCAAGAGACACUUGUUCCUAUUCUUACUCGUAUGGAGACCAUUCCCACACUUCAGGGGAUAUGGCCUCAGACACAUUAACUUUUACGUCUCAAAAUGGCGGUAACAACGCAACCUCGUUUCCUAGUGUUUCCUUUGGAUGUGGUCAAGAUAACACCGGUUCCUUUAUGGAAGAUGGUUCUGGUCUGAUUGGUCUCGGGGGUGGGCCCCUCUCCUUGGUAUCCCAACUAAGCUCGUCGAUUGGUGGGAAAUUCUCGUAUUGUUUAAUCCCCUUUUCUAACCAGGGGAAUAAUUUAACGAGCAAGAUUAGUUUUGGGACAAACGGAGUAGUAUCAGGGCGUGGAGUUGUUUCCACGCCCUUAAUCAUCAACAAGAGUAACCCAACUUUCUAUUUCCUAACCUUAGAGGCUAUAACAGUAGCAAAAAACAGAGUAUCCUUCUCUAAUACCAAAAGAUCUCCUUUAGUAAGUGAUGAUUAUGGGAGUAAUGAAGGAAACAUAAUAAUCGACUCAGGAACCACAUUGACCUUGUUACCAGAAGACAUGUUCACUGAUUUGGUCAAUGCGUUGAGUCAGGUUAUCCAAGGCAAGCAAGUUGACGAUCCAACAGGAAAUUUCCAGUUGUGUUAUCAAGCGAGUGAAGAUCUAAAUAUCCCAAAUAUAACUGCACAUUUUACUGAUGCAGAUUUACAGUUGACGCCUGUUAAUACCUUUGUUAAAGUAUCAGAAGAUGUGGUGUGUUUUGCUAUGAUACCAGCAGAUUCUAUGGCAAUAUUUGGUAAUGUAGCUCAGGGAAAUUAUUUGGUGGGAUAUGAUCUUGAGGAAGGUACUGUCUCCUUUAAGCCGACUGACUGCACUGAGGGGCAGUAAAUAAACAUGUCUUAUCCAGAUUAAAAAUUAGUUUCUUAAGUUCAUAUAUAUACAUGUGUUCUUAAUUUGCUUUUAUAUAAGAUUUUUCAUGUAAGA